UGGGGCUCGCUGGCGCUGCUGCGUCAUGUCUGGGACCGCGGAGUAUCUCAGGCGCCUGCAACUAAACGUGGCCGGGUCUGCAAGCUAGGUGCCAGCGGGGAAAGUUUCCCUGCUUCUUAUCGCCUGCUUUAACGCCUUAAACAGCCCGCUGAAGGCUGCAGCAGGUGCUAGGUAGCAUCCUCUCGGCCCUCGGGAAAGGCGGGGUGAGGAGGCGAGAGCAGCUUAGCCUCCUCGACCUUCUUUCCUGGUGACGGACGAACAGUUCCCGUAGAAUUUCUCUUCACCGAGUGACCUUGAGCCCAGGGCGACGGUCAGCUUGUUAAUUACUGGCUGCAGGAACUUUGUGAGAAUUUUAAUGCAUGGAAAAGCUGUCCAUGUUCCAACUGCUGUACAUCCAAAAGUCUCAGUGUAAUAGCAGGACCAAAAUAUUCUGUCAGUCAGCUGACCAUAUACUUAAUGACUCCUAAAAUCUCGUGGACUUCUAAAUUUUCCGUUUGCCCAGAAAGCGCCAUGGCCUGUGCUGCUGUCAUGAUUCCUGGGUUGUUGCGGUGCUCUGUUGGAGCCAUCCGUACUGAGGCUGCUUCACUGAGAUUGACACUCAGCACUUUGCGCCACCUUACUCUAACCAGCAUAAUGAAAUCCAAAAGGAAAACUGAUCACAUGGAGAGAACUGCAAGUGUCCUUCGACGGGAGAUUGUGUCAGCAGCUAAGGUGUGUGGAGCUGCCAGUGAGUCACCGUCAGUGAAGAGCCUCCGCUUGCUUGUUGCUGAUCAAGACUUUUCCUUUAAAGCUGGCCAGUGGGUUGAUUUCUUUAUUCCAGGAGUCUCUGUGGUUGGUGGGUUUUCAAUAUGCUCCAGUCCCAGACUGCUAGAACAAGAGAGAGUGAUAGAAUUGGCAGUGAAAUAUACGAACCACCCUCCUGCCCUCUGGGUUCACAAUACGUGUACACUUGACUCUGAAGUGGCUGUGAGAGUGGGUGGAGAGUUCUUCUUUGACCCUCAGCCUGCGGAUGCGUCUAGAAACCUCGUGUUGAUUGCAGGAGGAGUCGGAAUUAACCCUCUGCUUUCCAUCCUGCGGCACGCAGCAGAUCUCCUCAGAGAGCAGGCAAACAAAAGAAAUGGAUAUGAGAUAGGAACAAUAAAACUAUUCUACAGUGCAAAAAAUACCAGCGAACUCCUGUUUAAGAAAAAUAUCCUUGAUUUAGUAAAUGAGUUUCCUGAGAAGAUUGCAUGCAGUUUGCAUGUUACGAAACAGACUACACAAAUCAAUGCAGAACUCAAGCCAUACAUCACGGAAGGAAGAAUAACAGAGAAGGAGAUAAGAGAUCAUAUUUCAAAAGAGACUUUGUUCUAUAUUUGUGGCCCACCUCCAAUGACAGACUUUUUCUCCAAGCAACUGGAAAACAACCAUGUACCCAAAGAACACAUUUGCUUUGAGAAGUGGUGGUAGGAGGCAGACAAAGACAGAAAAAAUAAAGAGAUUCAAGCCAGCAGCCCCCACCUGGACUAAAGCACUGGCCUCUGCAGCAUCUCUGGGAUCCCUGCAUUUUCCUCAUUCAGUAGCCAGAAAGAUGUUUUAAAAAAUGCAAAUCUGAUGUCAUUUCCCUGCUUAAAACUGUUCAGUGGCCUCCUAUUAACCCUUACAACAAGGACCAGAAUCCUUACCAUGGUUCACGAGGCCCUUCUGCAUUGCUGUCUUCUCAGCACCUAGCACAGUUGUGUAGGAAUUUUAAAAUGUGUAUCUGUUUAACAAAUCAUUUGAUCCCCUCAUGCCCACAUAAAUGCACAGGUCUCUCCCGUAGCCUGGCUUCCUCUGCUGGAGGGACGUGCCACUGUUUUGCAAGGGCUGGGGAAGCAAGCACCAGCCAGGUUCAGAGAGCCAUUCGUCUGCAGCCAGGGUUCGUUUUCUUAGUCUAGCCACUGAAACGAUUGUUAUCAACAGGAACCUGUGGUGAACAUCACUUUGCUUCCUUCUCUGGCAACAGCUGCCUCAGAAACCCAGCCAAAGGCUCAUUGGGUCUUGUCCUUAGAUCUCAUGUCCACACACUUCCCUGUACAAAACUCUAGGAGCCAGGUACAGGAAACCCAGCCUCUCCUGGGAAGCUGCAUCAGUGGUUUUGGCGGGUCAUAGUGCAGGCAGAGCACUAAUCACCAGGGGCCCACCCUGCACUACUCAUGCAGUUGGCCUCCAGCACUUCCAGCCGGGCUCUUGGAAACAAGAUCUGUGGCAACAACUGGAAGUCAGUGCCGAGCUUCUCCUGGCCACACACACCAGUCAUCCUCGCCCUUCCCGUCUUGCACAGUCCUUUCAGGACUUGAUCUUCAAUCUUAGGCUGCUGUGAGCCCUAGCAGGACAGAGCCCAGACUGUGUGCUCCCUGCAGCACAGUGCCCCUGUGCCAGCUAGGAGCUCAGCUAGAGUGGGUUGCACGAGUCAUGAGUUUUGGGUCAACCUAUUCCUACUAAUAAGCACUGUUUACACCUGAGAGCUAGUCCUGAAAGAUUUUGUGGUUUAGAGAGGGCCAUGAUGAAUAUGUUUAGAGUACUGAUAAAAUGUGCUUCAUAAGAAAUAAAUUAGAAUGCCUCCUGCUAAUGUUUUUGGAAGCUGCUCCCAUCAAGCAUCAGCAACUCUAGUGAAGCAUGGUCAACCUGGAGAUCUGAAAAAUUCAGACAGGCAUUUGACUAAAUGUUUACCUUUUUGUUACUUAUAAACCAUUGAUAAAUAAUUUAAGACUUUAUAAAUAUUAUUACAGUAUUUCUGUUAAGAUGGGAUAUACUACACUUCAGUAGCCAAUAACUCUCAAAAUCUCAUUGGUUCACCUUAGCAAAGGUUUAUUUAACGCCCAUGUCAAGAUCCAUCUUUUUUUUUUUUUUUUUUGACAGGGUCUUGUUCUCUUGUCCAGGCUGGAGUGCAGUGGUGUAACCACAGCUCACUGCAGCCUCGACCUCCUGGGCUCAAGCAAUUCUCUCACUUUAGCCUCCCAAGUAGCUGGUACAUGUACCACCACACCCAGCUGAUUUUUUUUUUUUUUUUGUAGAGGCAAGUUCUUGCUAUGUUGCCCAGGCUGGUCUCGAACUUCUGAGCUCAAGCGAUCCUUCUGUCUCAGCCUCCCAAAGUGCUGGGACUAUAGGCAUGAGCCACCACACCCAGCCUCAUGGUCCAUCUUGAACUGUGCUGAGGGUGUUGGAGAUGAAGGGCUGGGAGUCCCUGAAGCUUUUAUCAGACCUGCUUGUGUCUCAUGGCCCCAAACUGCAAGAGAAGCUGGGGAGUAGAGGAUAUACUUCCAUGGAUAUUGGGUGGGCACUAACAGUAUCUGCCACAUUGAUUACCUAUUAGCAUGUGAUUAACUGCUACCCACAGAGUGCUUACCGUGGACCAAGCACUUUAUUCACAUCUUAUUAAUCCUCACAAAAAUCCAAAGAGGUGGCUGCCAUUUCACCCCAUUUCACACUUGAGGCGAUUGAUGCUCAGAGCUGUGAAGAAACUGAGGAGGUUACACAUGUAGGCUGGGUCUAGUUAGCAUCCUCACCAGCUGUCUGAUUCCAAAGCCCAGCUGGGCUUUUCCACUACACCAAGCCCAAAACAGUGUUACUAUUUCAUUAACAUAGGUUUCCUCAGGCUUUCCAUGGGUCAGUAUUUUGACCUUGUGGCUGUAUGCACUUCAGAGCAAUGCACCUGCCUUUCUUUAAGCAGAUUAGAUAAGAAUUCUUCUUCCUCCCAUAAUUGCCCUGCCAGUAGUGCUAAACUUCACCCACUACCGUCUCCUGAGCCUCUGCAGGUGAAGUACUUGAAAGCAGCUUCCCAGUGAAAGAAUCUGGAUUAGCCACAACAUCAUAGGAAUGCCUCAUUUCAAUCACCUGAUAACCACCUGAUCACAGUGGAUUUGCAGGACUCCCUUGCAAACCCACUGUGACAGCUACAGCCUCACAGACUUAACUGCCAAGUGCACAAGCUUCCUCAUGCCAAACAUUGUAUGUCUUUGUGGCUUUUACUGUUCGUGGGACCUGGUCAGUUCAAAUGAUGGCUUUUUACCCUAUUGGCAAUCACAGGAAACUAACAUUUCCUUCAGAAAUGCCUCCACUUGAAAUAUACAUGCAGGAUGUUGAGAAUGGAUUUUAGGGCCUUGAUUAUUUACCACUUGUAGAAAGCAUUUUAUUUCACAAGGAACAAGCUGUGUUUCAACUGACAAGAGACCCUGUGGCCAGUGGUAUUCAACUUUGGCUGCACCUUAGAGUCCUCUGGGAGCUUUUAAAAAUCCUGAUGCCCACGCCACUCCCCAGAUCAUUCAUUCACAAGCUCUGUGGGCGGGCCCCGGCAUCAGGAUUUUGUAUAGCUUCCUCAGUGAUUUCAAGCUGCUGCUAACUUAACACCCUCCACUGUAGACUGAUUUUUUUGCCAGAAUCAGCAGGGUGUAGAGAAGCAAGGGAGAAAAAACAAGACCUUUAGGAACUGUUAGCCUGACACUAGGGCCAAACUCUCUUGAGGAAUUCAAAUUAUUGUCACCUUUUUUUCCCCAUAGCAAAUACAGCCAACAUAAAUGUCAAUUAAUUAAUUGCAAAAUGUACCCAAAGCUGAGCAAUGUAAGGCCCUCUAGCCUGGAACCGUUUGCUUUUCAAAGUUGAGUGUGGUGUUUUUGUCCUGGCCUGUUGCUGACUAGCAUAUAUUUUUAAAAUCAUGAUCCUUUAAGAUAUGUGCCAAGAAAUAAUGUUUUUAUUAAAUCAAAAUACUGUAUAGAUAUUAAUGACUUAGUUGUGGAAAAUGUCAUUAAAAAAUAGUUGUCUUUUCUUUGAA